UUUGCUUUUGUUUAAAAAUGACUUCCUCCUUUUUCAUCCUUCUCUUUCUUUAUUCACUUUCUAUGUCAACCUUCGGUGUGUGCAGAGGAACAGUGUGUGUUGGAAGUGAGAGAGAGACACUGUUGAAGUUGAAACAUCAUCUCAUUGAUCCUUCAAAUAGACUUUCUUCUUGGAAUGCUUCUCUCAAUCCCAAUUGUUGCCAUUGGUAUGGAGUUCUCUGCAACAACGUCACAUCUCAUGUUGCAGAGCUUCACCUCAACACUCCACUUCCUCUUUACGAUGAAAUCCUAGGUUAUCAAUUGGAUGAAUAUGUUUAUGAAGAAGCAUUGGAAAAGUAUUAUAGACGGGCAUUUGGUGGAGAGAUAAAUCCUUGUUUGGUUGAUUUGAAGCAUUUGAAUUACUUGGAUUUCAGCGGCAAUCUAGUUUAUAGGAAGCCAUUUCCUUCUUUCAUUGCAACAAUGACUUCCUUAACUCACCUCAACCUUUCUUAUGCUGGAUUCAUGGGGAACAUUCCUCCUCAGAUUGGAAAUCUCUCAAAUUUGCUCUAUCUUGAUUUAAGUUUUGCUUGCAAGGGAACAAUUCCUUCCCAGAUAGGGAAUCUCUCCAAUUUGUUGUACCUUGACCUCUCUUAUGCUUUGAACGGAAGAAUUCCUCCUCAGAUAGGGAAUCUCUCCAACUUGCUCCACCUCCACCUCAGCGGAGGAUAUUAUGAUGAAGAAUCUAUAUUUUAUGAAAAUGUUGAUUGGCUGUCAAGUCUUUCUAAGCUUUGUUAUCUUCAAUUGGGCAACCCUUGGUCACUUAGAAGAGGUAUGCCAAUUCCUUCUUUUCUUGGCUCAAUGACCAACUUAAUUCACUUGGACCUCUCUGAUUCUGGAUUUAUGGGCAACAUUCCUCCCCAGAUUGGUAAUCUUUCCAAUUUACUGUAUCUUGAUUUAAGUUAUGCUGCCAACGGAACAAUUCCCUCUCAAAUUGGAAAUCUCUCCAACUUGCUUUACCUUCGUCUUCAAGGUGAUUAUUUUGUUGGGAAUGAUGAUUGGUUGUCAAGUCUUUCAAAACUUGAAUAUCUUGAUUUGGGAGGUGCAAACUUAUCCCAAUCAUUUGAUUUUCUCCAUACUCUGCAAUCUCUUCCUUCUUUGAUGCACCUACAAUUGUCAGGAUGUACACUCCCUCCGUAUAAUCAACCAUCCUUUCUUAACUUCUCGUCUCUCGUUACUCUUGAUCUUUCCUAUAUUUCUUAUCCUUCUACAUUUUCUUUUGUUCCAAAGUGGCUUUUUGGAUUGAAGAAACUUAUUUCUCUUUCUGCAUAUGAUAAUGACUUUGAAGGUCCAAUUCCAGAUGGUCUUCGAAACCUCACAUUACUUGAAAAUCUUGAUUUGAAUGAAAAUUCAUUCUCACAUAUACCUGAUUGGUUUUAUAGUAGUUUUCCUAAUCUAAAGAUUUUGCGCCUAUCAGGAAAUAACUUCCAUGGGACUAUUUCUGAUGCCUUAAGAAAUGUGACUUCUCUGGUUAUACUUGAUCUAUCAUCCAAUAAAUUUGAAGGUCCAAUUCCAACUUCUUUUGGUUAUCUAUGCAACUUAAGGGUGAUACGUUUCUCAUAUCUCAAACUCAACCAACAUAUAAAAGAAAUUUUAGAUAUUCUUUCUCCUUGUAUUUUCCAUGGAUUGACAGCACUUCAUCUUCAAAGUUCUCAACUCUCAGGAAAUCUUCCAGUAUCACUUGGAAAACUUUCAUCACUGAGAUAUCUUUCUCUGUCCAAGAAUCAGCUUAGUGGAAAUCCAUUUGAAAGUCUUAGAUCACUCUCUAAAUUGUCAUAUCUUGAUAUUGAUUAUAAUCAUUUUGAAGGAGUUGUCAUGGAAAAUCAUCUAAAAAAUCUUACGAGCUUGAGUGAAAUUUUUGCAGCAGGAAACAAUUUGACUUUAAAAGUGGGUCCCAAUUGGCAUCCUACUUUUCAACUUACUUAUUUGGAUAUGAGUUCUUGGCACUUGGGUCCCAACUUUCCUUCAUGGAUUCAAUCACAAGACAAACUUUAUUAUUUAGACAUGUCUAACACGGGGAUUUUAGAUUCUAUUCCGUAUUGGUUUUGGGAAACAUUUUCGCAGGCUUCUUUUCUAAAUUUCUCUCAUAAUCAUAUCCAUGGUGAGCUUGGAAAGAAUCCAAUCUCUAUCCCCGUUGUUGAUCUAAGUGCAAAUGACUUACAUGGAAAAUUUCCAUCGCUUUCAAAUGAUGUGGGUUUCUUGGACCUUUCAUGCAAUUCACUCUCCAAAUCCAUGGAUGAUUUUUUAUGCAAAAAUCAAGAAGAGCCAAUGAAAUUAGAAUUUCUCAAUCUUGCAUCGAAUAACUUAUCAGGGGAAAUACCCGAUUGUUGGGGCAUCUGGCCAUAUCUAAUGGAUGUGAAUUUACAAAACAAUAAUUUUGUUGGGAACAUUCCCCAAUCCAUCGGUUCGUUGACAGAGCUAACGUCUUUACGAAUUCGUAAAAACUUGCUUUCCGGAACAUUUCCUACAAUUUUGAAAAAGAAUAAUAAGUUGGUUUUGUUGGAUCUUGGAGAAAAUGAUUUUUCAGGAACAAUUCCAACUUGGGUUGGAGAAAGUUUUUUACACAUGAAGGUUUUUAUUCUUCGAUCAAAUAGAUUUUUUGGUCAGAUUCCUAAUAAAAUUUGUGAUAUGAGUCUUCUUCAAGUGUUAGACCUUGCACAAAAUAAUUUGACUGGAAACAUACCUACUUGUUUUAACCGCUUGAAGGCCAUGACACAGAUGAACAGAAGUACAACUCCUCUUAUCUAUUGCCGGGCUACAAACUAUACAUUUGAUUAUUCAGAUUAUACUGUAGUUAGUGUUCUUCUUUGGUUGAAAGGAAGAGGAGAUGAGUACAAAAACAUUCUCGGAUUGGUAACCAGCAUUGAUUUGUCAAAUAACAAAUUAGAAGGACAAAUACCAACAGAGAUCACAGAUUUAAAUGGUUUGUUAUUUUUGAACUUGUCUCACAACCAACUUAGUGGUCACAUUCCACAAAACAUUGGUAAUAUGGAAUCGUUGUUGUCCAUUGAUUUCUCAAGAAAUAAACUUUCUGGUGAAAUCCCUCCAACCAUUACAAAUUUGAGCUUUCUAAGCAUGCUAGACUUGUCUUAUAAUCAUUUGAAUGGAAAAAUUCCAACAGGAACUCAGUUGCAAACCUUUGAUGCCUCCAACUUUAUUGGCAACAAUCUCUGCGGCCCACCACUACCCAUCAAUUGCAGCUUCAAUGACAAAAUUCUUAGUUAUGAUCGCAAUGACAAAGGGAGUGAUAGGCAUGGAGUGAACUUAUUUUUUGUGGGAAUGACAUUUGGAUUUGUGGUGGGAUUUUGGAUAGUAGUUGGUCCUUUGGUCAUUUGUAGAUCAUGGCGUUAUGCCUAUUUUCAUUUCCUUGAUCAUGUGUGGUUCAAACUUCUAUACUUUUUUUAAUGUGAGUGCAAUAUCUAAUGUGGUGAAAAAUAAAAUUAUUAUAAAACAGGGAAGUUAAUUUGGAUCACUCUGUUGUAUUGUUUGAUUUAGUUUGAAAUGUGAGAGUGUUAUUUAAAUUACUAGUGGAUUUCAAAGCUAAAAAAUCUACAUGGUCAACUUAUUAUAGAUAAAUUAUAGCUACUUUCGUCUGUGAAGAUCAACAAAUUGUAAUCUAUUGUUAGAAAAAUUAGACGGUGCGAAGUUAAUUUGAACCCUGUAGAACUCUGCUUGAAAAGAAUUGAAGCAAGAUAUUUAAUGAGUUGCUUGGCUUUUAGAUACUCAAAGCAUUCGUAUUCAAAUAAUUUAUUUCUCAAUAACAAGAUUCAAAGGCAUUUUAAAAGACUACUUUCUUUCUCA